CGAUGUACUGAGUUCGGUUGCUAAACUGAAGCACUUUACAGCACUGCCUGGUCCACGCGAUUCACAGAUUGACAAUAGCACAUCGCUAAGUAUCGGCUAAAUUGCGUUUGCACAUCACCAAUCAUCGCCAAACUAGCAUUAAAUUUGCGCGUAAAAGAAUGCCAAAAACUGGGUAAAUGCCACAAAAUUAUCAAUCGCGUUAAAAUUAACCAGCAACAAGCGUGAGAAUAACAAUUCACACGAAAAAUUGCGUAUUGAUUGUGCUAAAAAUGUAAGUUUUCAGAUGCGUGAGGACGAUUUGUGAGUUUUCUUUUGUGUUCGUUCGUUCGUCGUCUGGUCGCACGGUGCGCUUCAUUGACUUUUCGAGCGAGUGUAAAGCGUAAAAAAUGACCAAAACUGCAAAAACUAUUUCGGUUUUAGCAAACCGAAUUUUAUAACAAUUGUAUGCAAGUGAUUUUUGGACUAUGUUAAUGCAAUUGGAAAUCUGAAGAGCAUUUUAGCAGCAGCUGCGCUUCGAUUUCGUAGAAAGCGUAAAAAGAGGAAACAAACAGAAGCGGAACUGAAACAGAAACAGAAGAAGAAUCAGAAAACAGGCGCCGAUGAUGGUCCAUAUGGUCAGCAAGUGCAGGAGUCUGUUUAUAUGUGUGUUUGUGUGAAUUUCCAUUGCAGCCAAAGUCGCCGCUUCACAAAUGCCACAGCAAAAGACGCUUCAAUUUGUGUAAACAAUAAUCAACAAAUAUACUAAAAUAAAAACAAAAGAAAAACAACAAUCAUUUAUACAAUGAAUCCUGCCGAGUUGCGCAUGAUGUGGAUGAGCAGCCAAUACAACUCUGAGCGCAUUUCAUUGGAGGAUGCUGCAACUCUGCUCGGUCACUCAACUGUUGGUCUAUCCGUCAUGGAGGACAUGACCCACCAGCCCACUUUGGAUAUGAGUCCAAUGAUGAGCAUUGUUGGGGGGGAUUUUACGGGACAGGCUGCAGCAGCCGCUGCAGCUUUGGGCGUACAGCCGGCAACGCUCAUCGCCACAAAUACAAAUAAUCUGUACGGCUUUGCGCACAUGGGCGGACUGCAGCAGCAGUUGCUGCAGCAAUCUGCUGCGGCGGCUGUCUUUCAAAAUUAUGCCGAAGUCAUGGAUGGCGAUGAUGGCAAUAAUGCUGGUGUUGCACUAAUGGGAGUCGGCGCCGCGACAGUUGACGAUGAUCAGCAGGUGUACGGCCAAUUGGACGAUGGCUAUGAUGAUGGAGGUGCCAGUGGCGGGAUGUCAGAUCUUGAGCCCAAGCAGGAGAUCAUAAACAUUGAUGAUUUUGUCAUGAUGAACGAGGAUAACAAUUCGUAUGAUGGCACCGAUUUUAUGACCUCCUCGGAUAAGGACAUAUCACAGUCAUCCUCCUCGUGCAUGACCAGUAUGCCCAAUCAUGAUCUGCUCGUGCCACUAGGCGAUGGCCUGUUGCAUCACAAGCUGCUGGGCACCACGCAUCAAAUGGUCAAUGCGUCAGUGGGCACAUCUCUAACCGGCAUGACAGCGUCUGGCAGUGGCAAUGGCUUCGCCAAUAUACUAAUUGCUGGCGAGGAUGCAGCAGGCGCCGCCAACGCAAAGGCGAUGCGUCCGUAUAGCAUUGCGUCCAGCAGUUGUAAAGCCGGCAACAGCGGCUCCAGCGGGUCCAGCUCAUCGAUGCGUGCACAGCGUAAAACCCGCAAAAUUGAGCCAGUCAAUCGACCUGGACUUGUGCUAAAAACACCGAUCGCCUACAAGGGCAACAUUGAUCCCUCGGUAAUACCGAUACAGAAAGAUGGCAUGGCUGUCUGCGAGCGCUGUGGCGCCAUCGGUGUGAAGCACACAUUCUACACGAAAUCGCGACGCUUCUGCAGCAUGGCCUGUGCUCGUGGCGAGCUCUACUCAAUGGUGCUGAAUAGCAAAAUGGAUGCAAGCAGCUCACCAGCGCCAGCCCUGGAAAUGUCAGAGUCGUCAGCCACAUUGGAGGAGAACCUCGCAUCGUCACCGGAUGCGCAGCAACAGCAGCAACAACAGCAGCAGCACCAAUCGGACAUUGAGCUAACGCUGCAAGCGGCACAUAUCAAAAAUGCAAACUAUCGUUUUCGUAUCACAGAUCAGUCGAAGAUAACGCAGCUAAAUGGGUUUGGGGAGCCCAUGUCACUGGGCGGCGAUGCUGCCGCCAACAAUGUGCAGAUGUCCACGGAUGAGACAAUUGCGGCACUGAAUGGCGGCGCAGUUGGGGAUGCUGCAGCGCCCCCGGCUGAAGCUAGCGGCAGUGAGGUCAACGCUGCCGCCAGCAAUACAUUUGUGAAUGCGGCGCCAACGCCUAAGGCGCUGCGUCUGUUUCGUGAUGUAUUUCCGCAGGAUGAGCUGCCGCAGAUUCCCAAAUACGAACGUCUUCCGGCACCAUGCCCACAAAUGGAAAAAAUCAUUAGCAUACGACGGCGUAUGUACGAUCCAACGCACUCGUAUGAUUGGUUGCCGCGUCUGGGCAAGGAUAAUUUUUAUGCGGCGCCCGUUACCUGCUUUCCACACGCGCCCGGCUAUGAGGUGUGGGAUAAUCUGGGCGUGGGCAUGAAAGUGGAGGUGGAGAACACGGAUUGCGAUAACAUUGAAAUCAUCCAGCCGGGCCAGACGCCCACAUCGUUCUGGGUGGCUACCAUACUGGAGAUCAAAGGUUACAAGGCGUUAAUGAGUUACGAGGGCUUUGACAUGGACACGCACGACUUUUGGGUGAAUCUCUGCAAUGCCGAAGUCCAUUCGGUAGGCUGGUGUGCAACGCGCGGCAAGCCAUUGAUACCACCACGUACCAUAGAGCACAAGUACAAGGAUUGGAAGGAUUUUCUCGUUGGACGUCUGUCUGGUGCACGCACAUUGCCCUCAAAUUUCUAUAACAAGGUCAAUGAUAGUCUACAGUCACGUUUCCGCCUCGGCCUGAAUCUUGAAUGCGUUGACAAGGAUCGCAUUUCGCAGGUGCGCUUGGCCACAGUAACCAAAAUUGUGGGUAAACGCCUGUUUUUGCGCUACUUUGAUUCGGAUGAUGGGUUCUGGUGUCACGAGGAUUCGCCUAUUAUACAUCCCGUCGGCUGGGCAACCACGGUUGGACACAAUUUGGCGGCGCCGCAAGACUAUCUGGAGCGCAUGUUGGCGGGUCGUGAGGCCAUGAUUGAGGUACACGAGGACGAUGCCACAAUUGAGCUGUUCAAGAUGAACUUUACCUUUGAUGAAUACUUUCUGGAUGGAAAAACCAACGGCUUUAUCGACGGGAUGAAGAUAGAGGCCGUCGAUCCGCUUAACCUCUCGUCCAUUUGCCCCGCCACGGUGAUGGCUGUUCUUAAGUUUGGCUAUAUGAUGAUACGCAUCGAUUCAUAUCAACCGGAUGCCUCAGGGUCAGAUUGGUUCUGCUAUCAUGAGAAGUCGCCCUGCAUCUUUCCGGCUGGCUUUUGUGAUGCUAAUGGCAUAACUGUGACGCCGCCGAACGGCUACGAUGCACGCACGUUCACCUGGGAGGGUUAUUUGCGCGACACAGGCGCCGUUGCGGCUGGUCAGCAUCUAUUCCAUCGUAUUGUGCCCGAUCAUGGAUUCGAAACCGGCAUGAGCCUGGAAUGUGCCGAUCUCAUGGACCCGCGACUGGUAUGUGUGGCAACAGUGGCGCGUGUGGUUGGCCGCCUGCUCAAGGUGCACUUCGAUGGCUGGACGGACGAGUAUGAUCAAUGGUUGGACUGCGAGUCGGCGGAUAUAUAUCCGGUCGGUUGGUGUGUGCUUGUUGGCCACAAACUGGAGGGACCACCGCGCGUUGCCCAACAGCAACAGCCCAAGCCGGCGCCCAAGCCCAAGGUGCAAAGGAAACGCAAGACUAAAAAGGGAGCCAACGGCGCAACUGGCACUGCCGGUAACAAACAAUUGCAACAUGACAAUAACAUGCAGACAGUUAAACCUCGCACGAUAGCCUUAAAGACCACGCCGCACUUGCCCAAGCUAAGCAUUAAGCUGGAACUGAAGCCGGAGCAUCACAAUGCUGCCUUCUAUGAGAAUAAUCAAGUCGAGGAGGAUGAGGAUGAGGACGGCCUUGCUGAGGAUGAUGCUGAUGCUGAUUGCAGCACCAGCCACAUGUCCGAACAGUCAACCACAAACUCGGAUCAGUUUGCUGGAGCAGUUGGUCUUGCUGCUGCCAGCAGCACGGUAACGCCAGCAGCCGGCGGCGGCAAUGGCAGCAAAACAAUGGUAAAGAAAUCUUCUACUACUAAAUCUCCUGCGCCACCAAUUAUGGGUCGCAAAGCCACUAGUUACAUUGCGAACUCUGCGGUGACGAACAGCAAGUACAUUCCACGUUUGGCCGAUGUCGACUCGAGUGAGGCGCAUCUGGAACUGAUGCCAGACACCUGGAAUGUGUAUGAUGUCUCCCAGUUUCUACGAGUUAACGACUGCACGGCUCACUGCGACACAUUCAGCCGUAAUAAGAUCGAUGGCAAGCGUCUGCUGCAGCUGACCAAGGAUGAUAUAAUGCCGUUGCUGGGCAUGAAAGUGGGACCUGCGCUCAAAAUCUCUGACCUCAUUGCGCAACUUAAGUGCAAAAUAAAUCCCAGCAAGUCCAGAUCACACAAGACUAACAAAUCACAGUUCUUAUAGUGCGGCAUCAUGAAGGACAUUAUUAUUUCAAUGCCAGAAACUAAACUUAAACAUAGUUUAACAAAGCCAAGCGUAGUUGUAUUUAAUUUUUUGAAACAAAUGUUAUCACCGAUGAAACGCACGCUUCUACACGUGCAUAUUAUGAUACAUAUAUAGCAUGUAUAUUAUAUCCUAUUAUAGAUAUAUAUAUACAAUAUAUAUAUAUAUAUAUAUAUAUAUAUAAAUUGAAGUAUUUUGUUAGCACUUGAAAUCGAAACACAUACGUUGCCUAUAAUGGAUUUAAGUAUCCAUAUACAGUUUGUAUAACUAACUCAAGUCUCACAGCGCGUUAUUUUAUAUCUACUCUAUAUAUAUAUACACAAACAUAUAUAAACACGUAUCGCCGUAGUAGUCUUUAAUGUAUGCUCAUGUUAUCAGUCAGAGUUUCUAUAUAGCAAAGUGAAUUGGGGUAAUUCAUUUUUAUCAUAACUUCACGCAUAUUUUUAUAAUUGUAGCAACAAACCGAAAGCAUAAGAUACAGCAUAUAAAUACAUAUGUACAUACAUACACACACACAAAACCUUAAAUAUAUAUAUACAUAUAUAUAUUUGGGUAUAUAAUCAUAUUGUACCGGUUAGGUUUACUAAGGUGUACAUAGGACUUGUGUUUCGUUCUCGCAUUGCAGCCCCAAGAAUCGAUAGCAAAACAAUUGUACACUAGACAGUAUCCAGAAAAUUAGGCAGCAUCUCGUGAGCACAUGCAUCCAGUUUAGAGCAGAGCUAGUUGCUCUUAGUCCGUAAGCAAACAGGCCCAAUACAAAUUGCAGCGCUCGUCGUCGUGCUGAUUUAAUUUUUUUUUUAUGUUGUGGAAUCCCAGCAUAUUGCAUGAAUUAAGUAUGUACCAUAAAUGAGUACUUCUUAAGAAGGUAAACUUAAAUUAGAAUACUAUGUAUCUAGAUAUGCUUAAGAUAUCAACUAAUGUCUAAUAAAACCGAAUUCAAAAUUGCAAAAGGUGAA